ACUGAAGUGCACAACGAUGCGUUUAAACUUUGGAGUGGGUUUAGUCCUUUUGAUUUCCUUUGUCGCUCGACGUGUUGAAUUUUCGUUAUGAUGAAAGUAAAGAAGGGAAAAGGAGACAUACAUUCUGGGGAAAAGAAGGAGAAAAGGAACAUGGUGAAAAAUGGUGAUGUUGAGGCACAUGUGACAAUGAACAUUGAAGUGGACCAUGGAGUGCAUGUUAGAAAGGCAGAAAAGGAGAAGCAUUCUAUCAACAGAAAAAGAAAGAAUAAGGACAGAAAUCUAGUUGGAAGACAAAGACCAAAGAGUGAAGAACUUGAUUUGGAAGAGCAAAGUGUGGGAAAUUGUCAUUCUAAAGCUGAGGAGAUCAAACUCAUCAAAGACUCCGGAGAGCAUAGAGAUUCUGAUAUUGGAGCAUCUCUCAAACCCUGUAGGUCAAAGAAAGCUAAGAAAAAAAGGAGAAAGGAAGGAAAUUUUGUAAAGGAGGUUCAUAAUUCACCAGAAAAGGGAGAAGAGCGUCAUCUGGAUGAAAUUUAUAUUAUUUCCUCCGGAGACGAUGACUGCUCGAAAGGAAUGAAAAAAUGGAUCAUGGAAUACCAUCAAAAUAGACCAGGAUUGGAGGUAUUGCAACAUCAAAUUGACAACUUUGUAACUGCUCAUGAGGCAAAACUGGAAGAGGAAAGGAAAGAAAAAGAAACCCUUGCUGCAGAAGGGGGAUGGACUGUUAUUGUACACCACAAGGGUAGGAAGAAAACUACCGACUCUGAAAGUGGAAUUGCUGUGGGCUCGGUUGCUCAAGCUGCUGUGGAGAAUAAAAUGGCCAAAAAGAAGCAUAAAGAAGUUGGUCUAGAUUUCUACCGCUUUCAAAAAAGAGAAGCUCAGAGAAACGAGAUAAUGACACUGCAAAGCAAAUUUGAGGAGGAUAAAAAACGGCUGCAGCAGUUGAGAGCUGCCAGGAAAUUUAGACCUUAUUAAACAAAGAUUUUUGGCAUACAGGGGCGAUAGUAGUUAUUCUUUUUCUUUGUUGGGUUGGGGAUGGGGGUAUUAGUUUUGAAGUCCUGAAGUUGUAUUAUACCAUAGCCCUCAAAUUCAAAAAAUUGUUUCAUUUACCAUUCUAAUUUUUCGAAAGUAGUUGUAAUUGUAAAUUUAGUAUAGGUAAUAGUUAUUUUAAAUUAUAUGACUUUGCAGGGUUGGUGAUGAUGCUGCUCGUCCCUUGUGCCCGUCAU